AUGGAGAGGCUUCAAGGACCCAUCAAUUCUUCUUUCUUUGGUGAAGUGAAUUGUUUAGACCAAACAUUUCUUGACACAGAAAGCUUAAGAUUUGAGGAAGAUGAACAGUUUCUGAUAUCAAGUUUAGAAGACAACAUGCCAUUUCUUCAAAUGCUUCAAAGUGUUGAAUCUCCAAUUUAUCCUUUAAAAGAACCAAACUUUCAAACACUUUUGAGGCUACAACAUAUGAAUAAACCAUGGGAAGAAGAUAUAGCCUUUAUUCCUAGAAUGGAUUCACAUCAACAAGUUCAAACAACAUUGGACUUUGAAAGCUGUGUUACACAUGAUGUACUAGAGAUGCAUUCACCAGUGAAAUCAGAAAGCUAUGAGCUUCAACACAAAGUUUCAGCUUCAUGCAUUCAGAAAUUGAGCUAUGAGUGUAACCAAGAACAAACAAAAACAUGUUCCGAAUCUCAACUUGUGACAACAAGGGAAAAGAGAAAGAGGAAAAGAACAAGACCGGUUAAGAAUAAGGAAGAUGUUGAGAAUCAAAGGAUGACACACAUUGCUGUUGAACGCAAUAGGAGAAGACAAAUGAAUGACCACCUUAGUGUUCUUAGGUCUCUUAUGCCAUCUUCUUAUAUUCAAAGGGGUGACCAAGCAUCAAUAAUUGGAGGAGCAAUUGAUUUUGUGAAGGAGUUAGAACAAUUGCUUCAAUCUCUUGAAGUACAAAAAAGGUUAAAAAAGAGUGAAGAAUUUGGAUGUUCAUCCUCAUCAUCAUCACCACCAGCUAGUUAUGGAACAAAAUUAUCAUGUUGUGAGGAAAAUGAGGUGAAGGCAGAAAACAAAUCAGAAGCAGCAGAUAUAAAAGUGACAUUGAUUCAAACACAUGUGAACUUGAAAAUUGAGUGCAAAAGAAGAUGUGGUCAAUUGAUAAAAGUUAUUGUUGCUUUGGAGAAUCUUAGGCUAACUAUUCUUCACCUUAAUAUCACAUCCUUUGAGUCUUCUGUACUUUACUCCCUCAAUCUCAAGAUUGAAGAAGAUUGUAAGCUAGGCACAGCAAAUGACAUAGCAGAAGCAGUUCAUGAAAUAUUCAACUACAUUAAUGGUAACUAG